CAGAUUCACCCCCCUCAACCGGGCGCCCACGCACGCGCGCGUGGAUGAGACCGACCGGAUGAAAUCGGUUCACAACAGGGAGGAAAGUUAACGAAACUUAAGAAAACGCUACUGCUGCUAACUUCUGUCGUGAAUCGGUCGUCACGGACUCUCCUGUUGAAAAAGAUUUUGAAUCUCAGAGAGAUUUUCCUGAUUAAAUAAAGAACCAAAGCGUCCCCGGCAGCUCCUGUUUAUUGUGGUACUUUGUUAACAGGACAGCAGCCAUGCGUGCGAAUUUACUGUAUUUGGUGUGCAUGAUCUUCAUGUGUGUUUUGGAUAAGACGCGUGCCUGUCUGAUGAUCAGUGAGGUGAACUGUGAUAAUCCCAAACUGGACACCCAGGAGUUUGUCGAGUUGUACUUUGACGGUACGAAUCCCACUUCUCUAGAUGGGUACACGCUCGUGUUUUACAACGGCAAUGGCGACACGGCCUACCGCAUUAUAGAUCUCAAAGGACAUCAGACUGAUCCGCGAGGAUACUUUUUGAUCGGUUCCUCUGAACUGACUCCUCGGCCAGCCAUCUCUCUCCCACCCAACUCGGUACAGAACGGACCUGACGCGAUUGCGCUCUACGGGCCCAACUGGGCCCCGGUUCUUGACGGGGGAAAGGUUUCAGGAGUGGGUUUGUUGGAUGCAGUAGUAUACACUUCUCGUAGAUCUGCGGAGGGCGCAGACGGGCUGGCGUCGGUUCUGACUCCAGGUUCGCAUCCGUACGUGGAAGAUGAGAAGGCUCUCGAGGGGGACGAAUCGAUUCAGCGCUGUUGGCAGUCCAACAAUCUCUGGACGUUCCACACAGGUCCCCCCACCCCUGGAUGGGUCAAUCAUUGCCCGCUGCCGUCCCCAGGACACAUUUGGAUCAAUGAGGUGGACCUCGGUGGGCCGCAGAAGCGGGGAUUGGUUGAACUUAAUGUUGGCAUGGCAACCGGACUCUUUUCUGUGGUGCUCUUCGAUGUCACCACCGAUCUGAUAAGCACAAGUGUGGAGUUCAACGCAACGCGGGCUGGUAUCUUUACUGUAUCUGUGGAUACUGGCAGUUUGGCAGUGCAACAAAGUGCAGCUUUAGCAGUUUAUAAAGGCCCGGCGUCAAACUUUUCCAAGGGCAGCCCCCUCAGCCACCAGCAGCCAAUCGAUGCCUUCGUUUACGGUGACAAAAAAACCAUGCCCAGCGCCAACCUCACAGAGACGCUCAUACCUGGGAGAAAACCAUUAAUAAUCACAGAAAGCAGUUUUGACACGUCGGGUGUAUCUGUCAGUCGCUGUGGAGUUGCAGAAUGGACGAGGGAUCCGGGUCUAUUUGUAAAAAGACUCCCGAGUCCCGAAAAACCCAACGACUGCGCUUGGUUUCAGACCUGCCCGCGUAAUAUAACCUCAUACACGUCAACGCCAGGAUGGAUUCAGCCUCCUUUUCACAGUGAUACUGAUUUCCUGAUCAGUGAGAUUAACACCGAUUCACCCGGCGCAGAAGAAGAUGAGGAGUUUAUAGAGCUCUGGCAUCCAUCCGGCUUCCGUAUGUUCCUGGACUUCAUCUGGCUGGUGAUGAUCAAUGGACAGACGGGUGAAGUGUAUUAUGAGCUGGAGCUCAAUGAAUACUACACUGAUGAAAAUGGAUACUUCCUGAUCGGCAGCAGUAAGAUCGGCGCAGACAUAACGAUUCCACCGAACGUUAUUCAGAACGGACCAGACGCCAUAGCGAUAUACCGCAGCGAGUCUCCGCCCUCCUUUGAGGGUCCAGGUAUCCCAAAGAAAGGCUUGUUGGACGCGGUGGUUUACCGCUCUCGUGGAUCUGAUAAAAAAACAGCGGAGCUCAUAGAUGCUCUAACGCCGGGACAGCUCCCCCUGCUGGAGGACAGCAACGCUUUAUCAGGCGAUGAGACUCUCUCCCGAUGUGGAUCUGACAGACUUAACCUCAGCGUUUACAGGGUUGGUUCUCCCACGCCAAGAAAACCGAACGACUGUCCUCCCAAACCCACUUUAGCCCCGCCCCCAAAGGGGGUCGUCAUCAAUGAGAUUGGAGAUAAACAAUCAGAGCAGAGUAUGUUUGUGGAGUUGUCCGGUCCACCGUUGACCUCCCUGCAUGGACUUGUUUUGGUAUUUUUGGAUGAAGGAGGUCAAGAAAAAAAAUCUGUCCCGCUAACUGGCAGAAUAGGAGCUGAUGGAUUCUAUCUCAUAAGCAAUGUCUCUGGAGCAGAUCAAAAUUUGACAGCUUCACUGACUGAUCUGAGUGCAGUGGAGUUGUGUUUCCAAGCGUCAGGCUCGGGUGUAUGUGGCAGUGAUUCACCUCGUCUAGAUCGCUUCAACUUUAACACUGACCUGGAGUCACGCGUUGACGUGCUUUUAAAGUUGUAUUCUGUAUCUCGAUGCGAGUCAAACGGACACCCAUUCUGGAUUUAUUCAAAUUCGUCUGCACGCCUGCCAAACCUCUGUCCAAAUCCUUCACUUUCCAUCUCUGUGGAUCUCUGCCUACAUUUAGAAAAAAAUUGUUCCAAAAAGGACAUCGCUGUUUUAUUGGAAAAGUCAUGCAAGUGUGGAAUCUCAAGUUUACAUCUUGAAGAUGUGAACGCAUCCUGUGAGUCAGGUGUUACACAUAUACAAGGGCCUAUUAUUUCAAUUUCAGACCAGCAGAGGGAGCAAAUCAAAGAAACGCUGCAUGUCAAUGGGUCUUUAUGUUACAGUACAAUCAAUCAGCCGGUUCGUGGAGCGGCGUCGUCUGUCGGGCUGCAGGUUGGACUCGUGCUCACAGCGGUUCUGCUGUUUGGUUUGCUUGCAGCCUUGCUUGCCUACAUGUACAAGAGAAGGCGACCUUCAGAUUAUCUGUCAAUGCAGAUGAACGAUCAUCCUGAGACACCACUGGAGCUGUAGUUCAUUUGUGUGAAUGUGUGUGUGUGUGUGGAUGAAUGUUUGUGUGUUUUAUAAAGAUUAUGCAAUAUUGACAUUCAAAGAAUUGUUUUAAAGUUUUUAGGAAACUCGUUAUACAUACUAUAUGUUGAAAGUUUUUUUUUUUUAUUGAGAUCAUGCAUACUUUAAAGGUGCAGUGUGUAAUUUUUUGAAGGAUCUCUUGACAGAAAUGCAAAAUAAUAUACAAAACUAUAUUAUCAGGGGUGUACAAAGACCUUUCAUAAUGAACCGUUAUGUGUUUAUUACCUUAGAACGAGACCUUUUUAUCUACAUACAAAGAGGGUCCCCUUACAUGGAAGUUGCCAUUUUGUGCCGCCAUUUUUCUACAGAAGCCCUUAACGGACAAUUUUUUUACUAAGUUGUCUCCGACGAUGACAUGUUUGUCCAGUGCCAGCUACCGUAGCUUCUCUAUGUGUUUUACAAGCAAGGGGUGAGCAGUGGACUACGCCGUUGGUUGCAAUUCGCAACCUCACCACUCGAUGCCGCUAAAAUUUACACACUGCACCUUUAAUGUGCAUGUUGUCAUGAACGAGCAAUGAUAGCAAGUGUCAUGAGACUUCGUCUGACUUUAGCUUGUGUUAUGCAAAGAUAAGGUCGUUCUUUUAAGUUACAACAUUUUGUAAUACUUCAAACAGCUGAAAACGACGUUGUCUCAGACAAUGAAAUGUUUGUCAUGUGAUAGCCACCAUAGCUUCACAAUGCUUUGCUUUUUAAAAGGGAGGGGUGAGCGGCGGACUAAGCAGUUGGUUGCAAUUCACAGUCUCGCCACUAGAUGCCACUAAAAUCUACAUAGUGCACCUUUAACCUUUACAAAUCAUUCCUUUCAGAUAUAAAUGAAACGAGACAUGCAGAUAUUUUAAGAUUUCAAUUUCACCUGUUAAUACGGCUAAACAUCUUCCAUUCAAAACAUCAGAUUUAAAAUAGCACCAGAAAUUGUAAUCGCUCCAGAUAUCGCUCACACAAUCAUGUUUUUGGGUGUGUGUGUUUACAGAUUUGCUUUUAUGUAUCUAUUGUUUAUGUGUUAUAAAUUGUUCUCAGGUUCAUCAGGUACAAUGUAUGUACAGGGGAAGACAAUUAAAAAAGAUUUGGGUGAAUAACUCCAAAUGUCUCCUGUAUGACACUCACGCUGUAUCCUCCAUUAGUUGUACAUUAGUCAGACCGUUUCACUUGUGGACUGAUAGUCUUUGUUACUAAUUUUUAAAGGUUUGUCACAGUUCAGCCGGCAGUGAAGCAUACUUUUGCGGUCUAGACAAAACAGAAAAUAUACAGGAAACAAAGGGUCAAUGUGAUGGGCGGUAGUGUUAUUUUUAUCAGAGCAGAACUAUACAUUUGACAUGUUUUAUUAUUGAGUAAAAGUUUUAUCAUGUUGAUUUGUUUUUAUUCUUCACUUGUUUCUUAUUGAUUAUUGAUGAUCAGUCUUGUUUGUCAGGUGCAUUUUUGUAAAUUACAUUGAAAAUAAAGAAUUGUUUGUUUA